CUUUAAUAAAGUACUGUAAUGCCCCAUCGAGUCAAUGCUCAAGCCACCAAUCCUUAUUUAAAGUACAAAUAUUAUGUAUAUAUUAGCAUACUCAUCAUUUAAAAAAAGAUAUUAAGAAAAAUGAUGCUAAGAAACUCUUCAAUCUUUCUAUACUUGAUUGUUUUUGUUAUCACAUUUUCUUCGACCACUAAUGCAAGAAUUCAUGAUUAUCAAUAUCCAAAGACAAGUUUUCUCCAAUGCCUCUCACAUCAUUCUUCUUCAAACUCCUCCAAUAAUGAUCUCACCAAGGUAGUUUACACUACCACAAACUCUUCCUACUUCUCUGUUUUAAAUUUCACCAUAAUAAACCCAAGAUUUUCUUCUCCUUCUACACCAAAACCGCUUUUCAUCAUCACACCACUCUAUGAAUCUCAAGUCCAAGCCGCUGUGAUCUGCGCCCGAAAACAUGGCGUGCAAAUCAGAGUAAGAAGCGGCGGCCACGACUACGAGGGUCUGUCCUAUGUCUCUGAAAUCCCAUUUAUCGUAAUCGAUAUGAUAAACUUCCGGUCAAUCACUGUAGACGUUGAGAGAAGAACAGGUUGGGUUCAAACCGGAGCUACCCUAGGCGAGCUUUAUUAUGAAAUCAACAAAAAAAGUAAAACCCUAGCCUUUCCAGGCGGAGCAUGCCCUACAAUAGGUGUUGGCGGCCACAUAACUGGCGGAGGUUAUGGCGCAAUCUUUCGAAAAUAUGGCCUUGCAGCUGAUAAUGUUAUUGAUGCUCAGUUAGUAGACGUUGAGGGUAGAGUUCUCGAUAGAGAAACUAUGGGGGAAGAGCUUUUUUGGGCCAUACGUGGUGGAGGUGGAGCAAGCUUUGGAGUAAUUCUCGCUUGGAAAGUUCUGUUAGUUCGCGUCCCCGAAACGGUGACCGUUUUCUCCAUUAAUAGGAACCUUGAACAUAACCUUACCAAACUUGUUCAUAGGUGGCAAUACAUAGCACACAAACUACCUAAAAAACUACUCUUAGCGGUUAGGUUUCAAACUGUGAAUUCUACUAAAAAAGGGAUUGAAAUGAAAAAGCUUCAAGCCACAUUCAUUUCGGUGUUCCUUGGAAGAGUUGAUGGUCUUCUUUACUUGAUGGAAAAACGAUUCCCUGAGUUAGGUCUGGUGAGAGAAGAUUGCACCCAAAUGAGCUGGAUUCAGUCAGCUCUCUUCGUUGCUGGACUACCAAGUGAGCAGUCUCCAGAGAUUUUGCUUGAUCGAACACCUCAAUCAAGAUUGUCUUUCAAAGCAAAAUCUGAUUAUGUGAAGGAGCCAAUUCCGGAAAAGGGUUUGGAAGGAAUAUGGGAAAGGUUAUACGAAGAAGAGGUUGGAAGUGGUAUUGUGAUAAUGAGUCCUUAUGGUGGGAAAAUGAGUGAGAUUCCAGAAUCUGAGCUUCCAUUUGGGCAUAGAGGUGGGAACAUGUAUAAAAUUCUACAUUAUUUGAUUUAUUGGGAAGAAGAAGAGAAUAGUGGAAUAGUAGUGGAAAAGCACAUAAGUUGGAUUAGAAGACUUUACAAUUACAUGACUCCGUUUGUGUCCAAAAAUCCUAGAUCAGCUUAUAUCAAUUAUAGAGACCUUGAUAUUGGAAGGAAUAGCAACAAGGGUACCGCAACUUAUGCUCAAGCCAGCAUUUGGGGGGUCAAAUAUUUCGGCCAAAACAACUUUAAUAGAUUGGUACAUGUUAAGACUAUGGUUGAUCCAACAAAUUUCUUUAGAAAUGAACAAAGUAUUCCUCCACUGCCGUAAAACGCUGGCUUUCCUAGUUAUCUGUUUCUAUAAAUAAAGUCCAUAUAUACAUAUGUAUAAAUAAAUACUAUCUACGGACGUGGACAUUUUUAUUAUUUACUA